AUGUCUGUUCCCGACAAGUUCCAGGGCUUUCAGUCCCCCAGCGCCGAGCACUGGACCGACUUCCAGAAGAACUCGUUUGAACCCCGUCCCUUUGGCGAGUACGAUGUCGACAUCAAGGUCGAGUGCUGCGGUGUCUGCGCCAGUGAUCGUCACACCAUCAGCGGCGACUGGGGCGGUUGCCCUUAUCCCCUCGCUGUAGGCCACGAGGUUGUUGGCAAGGUUCUCCGUGUUGGUGAUAAGGUCACUCUCGCCAAGGUCGGUGACCGUGUCGGUGCUGGUGCCCAGGUUUGGUCGUGUCUUGAGUGCCAUCAGUGCAAGAAUGACAAUGAGACCUACUGUAAGCACCAGAUUGACGCCUAUGGCGCUGAUUACCUCGAUACUGGUUUCAAGACCCAGGGUGGUUACUCUUCUCACAGCCGAGUGCAUGAGUACUGGGUCUACCCCAUCCCCGAAGCCCUCUCCAGCACCCAAGCUGCUCCCAUGCUCUGCGCCGGUAUCACCGUCUACAGCCCACUGAAGCGUCUCGGCGCCGGACCCGGCAAGAAGGUCGGUAUCGUUGGUAUCGGUGGUCUUGGCCACUACGGUGUCAUCUUCGCCAAGGCUCUUGGUGCUGAAGUCUGGGCCAUCUCCCGUUCACGAGCCAAGGAGGCCGACGCUCGCAAGAUGGGUGCCGAUGGCUUCCUGGCCACUGGUGAGAAGGACUGGACCAAGGGCCACGAGAUGUCCUUCGACAUCAUCAUCAACACUGCCACUUCUUUCGAGGGCUUUGCUCUCAGCGAGUACCUAAGCCUUCUCGAUGUGCACGGCCACUGGAACUCUGUUGGUCUUCCCGGUGGCGAUGGUAUCUCCAUCCGCAACCAGGACUUCAUCACCAACGGUUGCUACAUCGGAACAUCGCACUUGGGCAGCCGACGUGAGAUGCUCGAGAUGUUGCAGCUCGCUGCUGACAAGGGCCUCAAGUCGUGGAUUGAGGAGAUUCCUAUCUCCAAGGAGGGUCUCCAGCAGGCCAUGGAGGCUCUGAAGACGAGCUCUGUUCGCUACCGAUCUUGCAUGACCAACUAUGAGGAGGCCUUUGGUGCUUAA